CAACCCCCCCCAAAAAAAAAAAAAAAAAGAGAGAGAAAAUCUAAAAAUAGAAAAGGAGAGCAAAAUUGGUCAUAUUUGCUAAACUUGGGUUUUGGAAUUUAAGGUGGGCUUCUAUCUCAACAUUUUUCCGGUUCUUCCUCUUUGGUAAGAAUCCUUUGUAUGUGUUUGGGUUUGUGAUCGAUCUUCCGCGCUUUUCUUAAUAUUGCAUACCUUCAUCGCACAUAUACACCUUUUACUUUCUGGGGCGUUCCUGUUGUGAUUCUCAGUCCGAUUCGCAGGGUCUAGCCUGCAUCGGUUUUUUUUUUUUCUUUUUUUUUUUUUUUUUUUUUUGGGUGUGUGUUUGUGUUUUUUUUUUCUUUAUUUUUUCCCUAGAUUGAUUUUGUUCUAAGGCAUGAAUCUCUAGGGGUUGUGAAUUUUUUUUUUUUUUUUUUUUUGUGUUUAUAGAUUGGUUUUGUGUAGAUUGUGAGAAACCCCAUUUAGAAGAGUUUGUGUUUGAUCAUCUGGGUAUCUAUCAGGUGGUCAAAUUUUACGAAUCUAACAUGGUUUCAUCUUCGUAAAAAUUUGUGAAACUUUGUGGAGGUUUUAAUUUCGAAACUUCUGCAUUGUCUGGAAAGCUGUGAAAUUUGUGUUGAAUUUUUCCAAGUUUUGAUUGGAAAAAAUGUCGUCGGCCGGUGUUGCUGCACUUAGUCCAGCUCGAAACGAGCGUACAAUUUCUCCUAAUUUCUUCCAUGCCCACUCGGGUUUGUGCUUGAACGAAUCUAUUUUGAUUUAUCUCUCUGUUUCGGGGUCUAUGACUCCCAUGAGUGUCUUCAAUUCUGAUUCCAUUGAGUCGGUGAAGCUAAGGAUCCAAACAUAUAAAGGAUUUGUGGUGAAGAAUCAGAAGUUGGUUUGUGGAGGCCGGGAACUGGCACGGAGCAAUUCCUUGCUCCGGGACUACGGGGUUGCUGAUGGGAAUGUCUUACAUUUGGUUCUUAAGCUUUCUGAUCUUCAGCUCAUCAAUGUUCGAACUUUUUGUGGGAAGGAACUUACUUUACAUGUCGAACGCGGCAGAGAUGUUGGAUAUGUUAAACAAAAGAUUGCAAAGAAAGGGAAAGAGUUUUUUGAUCUUGAGGAGCAAGAAGUCGUGUGUGACGGUGAGCGGCUUGAGGAUCAGAGACUCAUUGAUGACAUCUGUAAACACAAUGAUGCCGUGAUACAUUUAUUGGUUAGGAAAUCUGCAAAAGUUCGGGCUAAACCAGUGGAAAAGAAUUUUGAAUUGUCUAUUGUAGCACCACAGGUGAAUGAUAGAGAUAACGGAGAAAAUAAUAAGAAACAUUGUGAUGUUGGUGAACAUUAUCGUAGAAGAGAGUUUAAAGUAGAUGGGAAAAUUCUGCCUGCUAGGGAAGUUUUGUUGGAGCCUAUUAUUGUUAACCCCAAGACUAAAUUGCCUUCGGUGGUUUGGGAUAUGGUUAAUGAUACAUUUGAUGGAUUAGAUAGUGGAAAUUUUCCAGUCAGGUCUCUGGAGGGUACAGGGGGAGCAUAUUUUAUGCUGGAUUCAUCAGGGAAAAGAUAUGUCUCUGUUUUUAAGCCUAUUGAUGAGGAGCCCAUGGCUGUUAAUAAUCCUCAGGGGCUUCCAGUGUCAUUGGACGGUGAAGGGUUGAAAAAGGGUACAAGAGUCGGAGAAGGAGCAUUCAGGGAAGUUGCAGCUUACAUUUUGGAUCAUCCAAAGAGAGGCUGCAAAACAUCCUUAGGUAACGAGAUGGGCUUUGCUGGUGUCCCACCCACAUUUAUGGUCAAGUGCUUCAAUGAAAAUUUCAACCAUCCUGGUGCGGUGACUGUGAAGGUUGGGUCUUUGCAGAAGUUCAUGGAAAAUAGUGGAAGUUGUGAGGAUAUGGGCCCCGGGGCAUUUCCAGUUGAGGAAGUACAUAAAAUCUCUGUGUUGGAUAUAAGAUUGGCAAAUGCAGAUAGGCAUGCUGGGAAUAUAUUGCUGAGUAAAGGGGAAGAUGGCCGAACUGUGCUUAUUCCAAUUGAUCACGGCUACUGCUUACCAGAAAGUUUUGAAGAUUGUACAUUCGACUGGCUUUACUGGCCACAAGCUCGUAAACCUUACUCCAAAGAGAUAAUUGAUUACAUCAAUUCACUAGAUGCUGAAGAAGACAUUGCACUUCUUAAGUUUCAUGGAUGGGAACUGCCGCUUGAAUGUGCCCGCACACUCCGCAUCUCAACCAUGCUUCUGAAGAAGGGAGUGCAGAGGGGGCUCACUCCCUUUGCAAUCGGAAGCAUAAUGUGCAGAGAAACCUUGAAGAAAGAAUCCAUUAUUGAGGAGAUUGUCCAAGAGGCUCAUGAUUCUGUGCUUCCUGGGACAAGUGAAGCUGCGUUCCUUGAGACCGUCUCUCAGAUUAUGGAUCGUCACCUUAAUGAGAUUGCUGGAUAGCCUCGUUGAUUGAUGGCUGUUGUUGAAUCCUAGGUAUUCAUAUACGUAUAUGUAUAUGUACAUGCGAUUAAUGUACAUUUGUAUGUAUGGCAGGACGAACAUUAUCUUUUGUCCAUGCACAGUCGAAAGGAAGAUUUUUUCGGUUUCUUUGUUAAUUCUUUUAUUGGAGAUUACUAAAGUGGCUUGGAUUGAAAUGAAAAGUCUAAUAUAAUCGACUUUUCAUGCAAGUAUUUUUAAAGCUGUAUUGACGACAGAAAAUAAUAUCAGUUUUCUUUUUUUAUUA